AUGCCUGGCGCAUUUGCACCAGACUCUCGACUGACCGCGUCGCCCUCGGGAAGUGCCAGUGGAAAGGAAAGAGAUGGCGAACCCAGAGCUAGUGGAGAACGACGGAAUCGGAACGGGAGAACAGCGUCAGGGCAGCUUAAGGUGUGCAAGAAGUGCGGGGAACCACUGACUGGCCAGUUCGUCCGCGCGUUGGGCGGCACAUUUCAUUUGGACUGCUUUAGAUGCCGGGAUUGCGGGCAAAUAGUAGCCUCGAAGUUCUUCCCGGUCGACGAAGAGAACGGUGAAGGACAAUACCCCCUGUGCGAAACCGAUUACUUCCGAAGGCUGGAUCUCAUAUGUCAUAAAUGCAAUGGAGCGCUCCGAGGAUCAUAUAUCACAGCACUGGAUAAAAAGUACCAUAUUGAUCACUUCACGUGCUCCGUAUGCCCUACGGUUUUUGGAGCGCAAGACAGCUACUACGAGCACGAUGGCCAGGUCUAUUGCCAUUUCCACUAUUCAACACAAUUUGCCCAGCGCUGCAAUGGAUGUCAAACUGCGAUUCUCAAACAAUUCGUGGAAAUAUUCCGGAAUGGUCAGAAUCAGCACUGGCAUCCUGAAUGCUACAUGAUACACAAGUUCUGGAAUGUGAGGCUUGCCUCGUCGGAAGAUAGCGAAGAAAUUCAACGGCGGCUGGAAGAUACGACCGACGAGGAAGGAAGAAACCGAGUGAAAGAAGAAGAGGAAAGAAUGGAGGAGAAGGUGUACCGAAUCUGGAGUGUUCUGUCAACAUUCGAAGAGUCCUCAGCGGCAUGCAUAUCAGACAUGCUCUUGCACGUCAGCAACGGUGCAUAUAUGGAUGGGGUCUUGGUUGCAAAGAAGUUCAUCUGGCACGUCGAUAUUUUGUUCCGAUCUGCGGACAAACUUGAUGCCACCAUGACAAAAAUCGGACCAAAAGGGCUGUCCUACUCAAGAGAGGCAAAGCUUUUGUGCAAGAAGAUUGUUGCAUUCUUCUCCUUGCUCUCAAAGACACAAGAAACUGGUGUCCGAAAACUUGGCGUUACACAAGAGCUCCUGGCCUUGGUAACCGGCUUGGCUCAUUACCUAAAGCUCUUGAUCCGAAUUUGUCUUCAAGGAGCUUUGAAAGUGGAACGGGAGCAGAACAACCCCAGUUGUCUAAAUGAAUUUUUGGCCGAUCUGAGCGAUAUGGAGGCGAUAAAGAAUGAUGAUCGUUCACUUGAGGCCACUGCCGGCACCCCUGGACCUUCUUCGGGUAAUUCCGACUAUUGCUCCAGCUGCCGCCGAUCUAUUGAAGACGAAUGCGCUCGCUGUGGUGAAAGAAGGUGGCAUUUGGCAUGUCUACAAUGCUCCAAUUGUUCACGAGAACUUGGCCAGAAUCUUGAAGAUGCCCGGUGGAGCGAGAAGGAUCAGCGAGUAUACUGCAACAACUGCGAGAGUAGAGUCUUCCAGCCCGUCAGUGGAUUCGAGCGUAUCACCAGGUUACAACAAUACGUCUUCCUGUUGAGAAUUGCACUUGCAAGGCUUUUAGAGAUUCUCAGAACCAGUGGGACACUCCCUCACACAUCUGAUGACCCAAACUUGAAUGGGUACAAUUCUGCUGAAGGUCAUCGACUCGACUCACAAGCAGAACCUCCACUGUUGAGAUCGGAUACCCGCUCAAAAUCGUACGGCGGGAACGCAGAUGACAAUCAAGUAUCAUCUUCAUACGAAAGCACACUCAAUGACGUUCGUCGUCUGAGGAGUACACGAAUGGACAAGCAUCUCUCUUCCACCAUCAGGAAAGCAAGAACAUCUCGCAUUAUGGACGGGCCUGAAAGUCGAAGUGCGAGACCUGGAUCACCAGGGACUGAAGGGCCGGAUUCAAAGAAUGCCGGCUUCCAAAUAGUGGAGGAGCGUGACAGUAACGGGGAGUCACGGACGGAGCUAAUGUUCGGCCAUCAAGAUGCCCUCACCCUGGACGAUAUCCCGAGAAUUGUGGCGGCAGAACAAGCCAAAGAACAACGGCCCAAUGCAUACAAGCACGCCCGCCACGAACUUUUCAGGACUUCCAUUACUGAACCCAAGCUUCUAAAUGGCCACCAACGUACUUUCUCCAAUGGGAACGGCCUCGAUGCGCCAACACCUGGGGAACCUUCUCCUCAACGCCUCGAUGUUGGAAAGAAGUACUUUUCGGAGCUGUCUGCCUUAGAAUACUUCAUCGUUCGUCAUGUUGCUGUGCUUGCGAUGCAGCCGCUCUUGGAAGGUCAUUUCACUUUGGAGGAAUUACUUAAUUUGAUCGAGGCGAGGAAACCAACUUUCUGGAACAAGAUGGGCAAAGCGUUCAAGAACGAUGGGAAGAAAGGAGGCAAGAAGAAGGGAGUCUUCGGUGUACCUCUAGAAGUCAUCAUCGAUAGAGAUGGUGCAGAUUCGACUGAUGGUAUCGGCCCAGGUGCUUUGCGGAUACCUGCGAUUAUUGAUGAUGCCGUCACCACAAUGCGGAAGAUGGAUCUUUCGGUGGAAGGUGUUUUCCGGAAGAACGGGAACAUCAAGAGACUGAACGAGACCAUGGCAGCUAUCGACAAGGAUGGAUGCGAUGCGGUGGAUUUUUCCAAGGAGAACGUUGUGCAAAUUGCAGCAUUGCUCAAGAAAUACCUUCGAGAGCUACCCGACCCAGUCCUCACUUUCAAACUACAUCGACUUUGGAUUGCUGCCCAAAAGAUUGGGGAUGAAGAUAAACGCCGGCGCGUGCUGCAUCUCACUUGCUGUCUACUACCGAAGGCUCACCGAGACUGUCUGGAGAUUCUUUGUGCUUUCUUCAACUUUGUAGCUUCCUUCCAUGAGGUUGAUGAGGAGUCGGGAUCGAAGAUGGACACACAUAAUCUCGCCACAGUUAUUGCGCCCAAUAUUCUCUUCACGAACGCCAAAACUCCCGUCGAUGAUAAUUUCCUUGCAAUCGAAGUCGUCCAUACUCUUAUCGAGUAUAACGACCAGAUGUGUGAAGUUCCCGAAGACCUUCGGUCGAUCUUAGCGGAUCAAACCUUGUUUAAUAAUCCUAGUGACAUUACGACGAAAGAAAUCCUCAAGCGAUAUGGAGACAUUGGCACUAACGGUGGACCUCGGCGUCAAGUUGAAACAACAGAACAGUCGCCCUUGGGACGUUCUAAAGACGGGAGCGGCCGAGCCCUGGCACCAGUGGUUACUCGAGUUGACACUGAUCCUUCUCAAGCCUACGCCUGGCAGAAAGAGAGCAGUGUUCGACAUGUCCAGGAACCACCUGCACCUUGGGGUGGAACCUCUAACCAAAACACUCCUCCAUCGCAGCAAUGGCAAGGCCAAGAUCUCGAACAUCCAUCGCCAUACUCUCAACGGAAUGGUACCCCAGACAGUCAGCAAGACAACCCAAGGCGAGACUACCGCAAUUCUGGAUGGGGUCGAGCACCGAACGGUUCAGUUGGCGUCACAGGAGCUGGUUGA